AUUUUCUAACCCUCUGACUGUGUGAUCGAUUCUAUUUCCAACCCCUCCCUCUUCAACUGUAUAAAUACGCACACGUUUGCGAAAAUAUUGCACCCACCCAUGAUUAUCCUUUCUGUUCUUGGGCUGUUGUCUUUUGUGACAACAGCAGAAAGUCAGUUCCUAUCACGGUUUGGACUCGAUUCUCCAUUCUUCUCAUCUCCAUUCUCGAGCGGAUUCGACAUCUUCAAUAGGGGCUUCCCAAGUUUCCCUAGUUUCAGUUUCCCUAGUUUCCCAAGCUUCCCAAGCUUCCCGAGCUUCCCGAGAUUCCCAGGGUUCCCAGAUUUCGAAUUCCCUGACUGGGGAAAAUUCAUCUCCGCUUUUGAGAAGGCUACGCAGGGGAAUGGCAUCACCGUAGUCAACGGUACAACGACGAUCACACAGAUUAUUGGAGGAAAGGAGUACAAUGCAACGGUCCCAAAGGGAGCUUCAUACAUGCUACACACAGAAAAGAAUACGUUUAAUGGAACAACCGUUUCGAUCGUCAAAUUGACCAUUAACAACAGAACUGCUGUCUACAAAACAACCGCUGAUGGAACAGUGACGGCGACUGAUGAGAGUACGGCAGCACCAGAAACAACUGAAGCUUCCGAAGCUCCCAGUGCUCCAGUGACCUCAGGAACGCCGGAAAAGAAGGUUGAAACAACUGUGCCAUGA